AUGCUAAAAACUGAUGCACAAUCUCGUUUAUAUUGCGUUCAUUAUGUACCAUCAAAUAUUGAUUGUUCAGAUUGUCAUUCAACUGAAAAGGAUUAUUUAAAUCGACCACUGUAUGCACCUUUAUACAUUCCUCUACCUAAUCUACCUACUGUACUUGAUAAUUCUCAACUUAAAUUACCGAGUAAUUUCUAUGUACCAUUCAAUAAUCAAAAACGAAAUGAUGCAUUAUCAAAUGAUUGUAUUGAAAUAAAGACAAAGAAUGAUAUUAUUCGAGUACCACAAUCAACACUCGUUCGUCGAUCUCAUUUGAAUGAAUCUAAUACAUAUAAUAAACAAUUUUUAACAAAAAAUUCUGCUUGUAAUUCACAAGAAAUAUUUCCUGGUGAUUUUCAAAAUCAUGCACAUCGUUUUACACGUAGUUUUAGUUGGAAAACUAAACCAGAAGAAUUGCCAUAUGCACAAAUGCAACCAUUACCAAAACUAAUUAAACGACCUGGUUAUGUAGAGAUGUGUUGUAAAAAUAUUUGUUGGCCAACUCAUCAACUUUGUUUGUGUUGUGGUCGAAAUACUGCUGAAAGCUGUCGAAAGUGGUCGAAAUCAACAGGAGAAUAUGAUUAUAUUGAUGCAUGUUGGUCAUCAUGUGCAUUGUGUUCAGAUGAUGCAUAUAAAAUACUCAAUACACCGGUUGUUUACAAUGAAAAAAUUAUCGAUCCGGAAGUACUACUACCACUUGAUGCUGAAUUACUUUACUAUUCAAUACAAUCAGCAAAACGUCAACAAGAAAAACAGAAAAAAACAUCAUUACAAUCAUUAUUUAGUCAACAGCAGACAGAAGAAAAAAAUCAAUCAGAUAAUGUCAUACCAUUUGUUGUUAAUAAGAAUGAUACAAAUAAAUUAUCAGCAAACUUACAAAAUCAAGAAACUGAUACACAAUCUGAAAUAUUCAAAAAACCUCCUCAGAAACAACAAACACUUAUACCACCAACGAAAGUUAAUAAAUCUAAACAAUUGCCAAAAAUUAAAUCAUCAAAAUCCAUGCAGAAAAAACUCAAGAAGAGUAAAACAAAAAGACCUGUGAAAAAAUCGAGUCGAUCAAAGAAACCUCCUAAAAGUAGAUCGAGUUCAUCAACAAAAUCUUCUAAAAAUAGACCAGGUCGAUCGUCAACUCGUUCGAAAAAAAAGAAUAUAAUCAAUAAUAAGAAAUCAAAUUGA